GUCUGCGCAUUGCAUAAUUGAGCCCAAGUCUCCUGCCUCAGGCCGGACCCUCAACAACAAUGCAGGACAAUUGCUAAAACGCGACGAUUUGUACACAACGACGCACACACGCUCGCACCGUUGUACAGAGACCGCGGUGUUCAAGUUUAAGAAGUCGAAGUCGUCGUGAGGAGGCGGGCGCGAGUCGCCGCUUCUUCUCAACCCUCGCGGCUCCUCGGAGGCGAAGAUGGCGGACGCCGCCAUUCAGCCGACCCACGGCGCCAGUGCGCACAGCUCCAGGGAAGGCGAGGAUGUUAACGGCGACACGGAGGCUGCAGGGGAGAGUGGCGGCGGAGGUGGUGGUGGUAGCAGCGGCAACGUUGCAGCUGCCACAACUGCUGUGCCGGCAACAGAGGUGUCGGUAGCCGCAGGCAAAGGCUCCGCGGAGAAGCGCAAAGCGGAGAGCGGCGCCGACUCCUCCUCCUCCUCGGCGGAGGAGGAGACCGAGGAGGAGCCGCGCAGCCGCAAGAAGAAGAAGAGCCGCAAGAAGAAGCACCGGCGCAAGGGCAGCAGCCGCUCCAAGAAGUCCAAGAGCAAGGCCGACUCGGACAAGGAGGACCGCGGCAGCGGACGCAGCCGGCGCAGGAAGGCGAGCGGGGAGGCCACGGAGAUACCGGAGCCUACGACGAAAGAUUCACUGGCCGGCGGUGGUGACGGUGGGUGCUUGCAGGCGGUGGCGGCCGACGCGAAAGGCGGCGGCGGCGGGACCCGGGACGGCGCGGAAGGAGGAGCAAAGGAGGCCCGGGUGCGGUCGAGCGCCGUCGCCGACAGCGGAGGUGAGGAGGUGAGAGCCGGACAGGAGGUGACGGAGAGCGCCGGCCGUGCGUCGUCGGAGGUGGAGGCGGCGAAAGGCAAGGUGGCGGGGAGCAAGGAGGAGAUGGGAGGAGCGUCUCUGGGCGGUGCAGGCGCUGCGGCUUCGUCGGACCCGAGCGGCAAGGGAGUCCCGGAGAAGGAGCGCGAGGUGGAUCCGUCGGAGGUGCGACGUGUGGAGAACGGCGGGAGGAAGAACGGAGACGGCGGUGGCGCCGAGUCUACGGGAAAGUUGGGCGAGGCAAGUAGAGGGAGCCCGAAACGAGUCGUGGAGGAAAAAAGUAAGAGCGGCUCGGAGAACGAUGAGUCGGACGCAGACACCAAGAAGGGAAAGAACGUCAAGAACGCAGGUUCAUCUUCAGAGCUGGACUCGGACUUUGAAAUAACAGACGACAGUGAAAAUCCGGCCGUGUCGAUGCUUUCGGUGAUUGCGCGGCAUAUCAAUUCCACAGGGCAGCCAGGUGGGCGGCCGUCGACGGCCAAGGAGGGCGGCGCGAGGGGGCGUCCGCAGGCCGGCUCGCGAUCCGGCUCCGACGAGCGCAAGUCGAGGGAGCGGAGCGCGACCCCCGAGGUCCCCGCCAGGAGGCGGCCGACCCCCUCGCGCUCCCGCUCGCGACAGAAGUCUCCUUCUCCGUCGCGGGAGCGCCGGCGGAGAGGCUCCAGCCCCGUGGCCCCGCGCCGCCGCACGCGCUCCCGCUCGAGGGAGCGGCAGGCGAAGGGCUCGGGGCGGGACCGGCAGAGGAGGGACUCGCGGUCGGCCUCGAGGAACCGCAAGCCGCGCAGCCGCUCGCGGUCGGCCCAGCGGCCUCGCGACGUCCGCGCCAAGUCUCGCUCCGCGUCUCGCGACCGGCUCCGCAGGGGACGGGGGGGCCGCUCCGCGUCUCGCGAGCGGAACCGGCGCGAGCGGAACCGUUCGCGCUCCCCGUCGCCGCCGCCCCCGAGGAAUCGGGGCCUGCGGGCGAGGUCUCGCACGCCGUCCACCGGGAGGCGGGCGAGGGGGGCGAGGGCGGCGACGCCGCUGCUGCCGCCUUCUCGCGACCGUGGCCGGAGGCAGACGUCGCGCGAUCGAGGCCGGAGAGGGAAGUCCAGGUCGGUGUCGCGGGAUCGAACGCGGAGGCAGAAGUCGAGGACUUUGUCGCGAGAUCGCAACAGGAGAGCGAAAUCGAGGUCGGUGUCGAGAGAUCGCAUCCGAAGGCAGAAGUCAAGAUCAUUAUCUCGGGAUCGCAACAGGAGAGUGAAAUCGAGGUCUGCGUCGCGCGAUCGCAACAGGAGGGCGAAAUCCAAGACGCCGUCUCGCGACUUCAAUCGUAAACACAGGUCGAGAUCUGUAUCUCGCGAUCGCAGCAAGAGGGUUAAAUCCAGGUCUGUAUCUCGCGAUCGCAACAAGAGGGUUAAGUCCAGGUCGCCAUCUCGCGAUCGCAACCGUAGGCACAGGUCGAGAUCGGCGUCGCGCGACCGCACAAAGAGAGCGGUGAAAUCGAGGUCGGCAUCGCGCGAUCGCGGUCGUAAACACAAGUCGAGAUCGGCGUCGCGCGAUCGCGCCAAGCGAGUGCUCAAGUCGAGAUCGGCGUCGCGCGAUCGCAAGCAGAAGGCGAGAAGCGGGUCUGCGUCGCCGGGCCGCGGCGGGAGGUCCCGCUCCGCCUCGCCGGACGGUGGCAAGAAGGCAUCCACGGAGGAGAGCGACGUCGCUGCAAGGGGCGCCGAGGCUCGCUCUCGUUCUCACUCGCCCGGCAAGGAGUGCCUCAAAGUGGAGGGAUUGAAGAUUGAACGCGCUGAUGAGGGAGUGGUUGAAGUGGGGGGGAAGGUGGUAAAGGCGGAAGCGGAGGAAGCUGGUGUGGAACGGCCGAGUGGAGGGGAGGCUGUGGCGAAUGAUGUGGCGAAUGAUGUGGCGAUAAAGGUGGAACCCGGUGACGGCUCGACAAAUGAUGGCGGAGGAAAUGCGGGAAAAGCGGAGGAUGUGAAGCUUCAGAUUUCCGUCGGAAACGACGAUGUGAAGAAGCCACUUGCUGGAGAAAAAGAUGACACCUUGGACCCACACAAGGCAGCGGGAGUCGCGUCAAAUGAUGCCACCGUAAAAGAAGAAGAUUCCUUUUCGAAAGAUGAAGCACCUAAAGAUACUUCGCCGAUUAAAACCACAGAAGCCGUAUCUGUCUGCAAAGAACCAAAAGAUUCUUCCGAUACCGAGGAGUCAAAAUUGUCUGACCUCACCACGGCGUCGACGGACGAUCGUCUUCCGGGAGAGGCCGCCGAUACGAGCAAGGAAGCUGAGAAACGCAAGAGGGACUCCGGCUCUGGCAGCCGCUCGCCCAAGCGGCGUCAGGAGUCGCCGAGCCCGCGCGGCGCGGCCGUGCAGAGGAAGCGUUCGCGCUCGGACUCGAGGCACAGGACGCCGGCGGACUCCGCCCGUGCCGGCGAUCGGAGCGACGCCACGAAGGGCCGCUCUCGUUCCCGCGACCGCAAGAGGAGGGAGUCGGCUGAAAAGAAGCGCAGGAGCCGCUCGCGCUCGCGGGAUCGCAAGGAUGCGGCAGCCGCUCGGCCGCGGGACGCGAGGCGGAGGUCGCGCUCCCGGGAGGCCAAGAGGAGGUCGGCGUCUCGAACGCGAGAUGCCAAGAGGAGGUCGGCAUCCCGAUCCCGGGAGACCAAGCGCAAAUCCCGCUCCCGAUCCCGGGAAGCCAAGAGGGUAUCGGUGUCCCGUUCUCGUGACGUGAAGAAGAAAUCCCGAUCCAGAUCCCGGGAAACCAAGAGGAAAUCUCGAUCCCGAUCGAGGGAGGUGAAGAAGCGGUCGGCGUCGCGGUCGCGCGACGCCAAGCGGAGGUCUGUGUCCCGGUCACGGGACGCCAAGCGGAGGUCUGUGUCCCGAUCGCGGGACGCCAAGCGGAGGUCUGCGUCCCGGUCGCGCGACGCCAAGCGGAGGUCGCGAUCGCGGUCCCGGGGUCUCCGCCGGAGGUCUCGCUCGCGCUCGAGGGGGGCGAUCGCACGCCGGCGCCUGGGCCGCUCCCGCUCCCCCCGCGAAGGGACGCGACGCGCCGCGCGCUCGCGCUCCCGCGGGGCAAAGCGAGCGUCGCACGACGACGCCGCCGGGGGCAAAAGGCGGCGCUCGCGUGACAAGUCCGACAAAGAGGCGGGCGACGGCAAGGCAACGGAGGCGGCCGCCGCCACCGACGCCGGCGGUGCCGGUGCCGGCGCCGGCGGCGACGCCGAGAAGAAGGCGGCGGGAGAGGAGAAGGCGCAGGAGGGGCGCCGCAAGUCGCGGUCGAGGUCGCGAGGCCCGGCGCGGCGCGGGUUUCGGGUGAGCCCCUUCAGGAUGCGACGGCGGAGGUCGCCGAUGAGGAGGAGGGAGCCCAGCCUGUCGCCGCUGCGCCUCUCCGAGGAGGACAAAGCUCAGCUGUUGGAGAUUGCUCGGGCCAAUUCGACGGUGGUGAACCCUAAGGUGAGCGUGGGCAUCAUGAACUCCAUCGGACCGGCCGCGGCGCUCUUGCCGCUCAUCAUGAACCAGCCGCCGCCGCCUCCGCCGCCACCUCAGCAGCCGUACCAGCCGUCGCCCAAUUCCCCUCCCACGCCGAUCCCCCUGGCGGCGCUCGCCAUCCAGCUCGCCAACCAGCAGGCGCUGCCCACCGGCCACAUGGGUGGAGGCGGAGGAGGAACAGGAAUGGGCAACCCCUUCCCGUUCGCGGCCAUGUUCGGUCACGGCGGCAUGGGCGGCAUGGGCGGGAUGGGCAACAUGGCCAGUAUGGCCAACAUUGCCAACAUGGCCGGCAUGGCCAGCAUGGGCGGCAUGUGCGGUAUGGGCACUAUGAGCAGUAUGAGCAGUAUGAGCAGUAUGGGUGGUGGUGGCGGCGGCGGCGGUGGCGGUGGCGGCGGCAACAACAACCAGCCGGACUUUGAGAAGCUUCGAGCAGUGGUGGCCGGAGUGAACAAGGACCACAUGAUGAACACGAUACAAGAGUUGACGCAGCGUUGCCAGAUGAUCGCGGACAGUCUGGACGAUGACAAGCCAGUAAACGUGCCCGUGACGUCGGACGAUGAGGGUGACGAGGAAACGAUCCCGCAGAGUACGGAGGGCAUCCAUCACCCUUUCAAGAUCAAGGACAAGUCUGACGAGUACACGGUCACUCACUACGUUCAUUACAAGAGGCCGGACAAGGACUCGUAUGUACCACAGAUCUGCUACAAGUAAGAAGUGGACAACUGUGGAGCACAUUUUUUUUAAUUCCCGACAAGAUACAUUUAACUUUUUGUUAUAUUUCAGUUUUUUUUUAAAACGUCUCGUGGCCCUGUACAAACCUGCUCUUUGUAAUUUAGUAGCAAGAUGGCUAUUUAAGCCUGCCACCCAACAGUCAGGGUGGAGCACACAAAUCAUUGCCACUCCUGGGAGAGCGAGUCAGAUGGACGCCACAAAUUAUAACUCGUGAAACAGACGCAAAAUUCUUGGCCACGCGGUUGCCGUGGUAAAGAAAAAAAAAGUUUAACUCGUGAGCAAAAAAGUUGCGAAUCACAAAUCCCAUUUGGGGGGUUUAAUUCCUCAUCUUUGUCAAAUCAUCACCCUUGGAUCAAUGAAGUGAGUAGCACCACUCUGUAGGAUAUACACAGCAGUGCUUAUAUCAAGAGACUGGUCCUCAAGCCCGAGGAAUGUGGAAUUUCGACCUGUGGAUCUGGGCUGGCAGUGCCCAUGAGCGGUUGCCCAUCGCUGCUGGAAUGUUAUUUCGUCUAAUCGACGAAAGCACGCCCCCUUGUAAGGGUUGUCCGUACCGAGCCCAUCGUCCUGACUGACUUGCUUAACGGGUAGACGCAGCUUGAAACGCGCGCGCUCGCGCCGAGUUGUGUUUACAGCCCUCUCCUCCCCCUUUUAUCAAUCCACUCGCAGACGAAUACGCACCCUCCUCCCCACGUGUCGCGUCGGUCGUGGGCCUUACCAGUCGGUCCGUCCGUACGGGGGUUGUUGGCCACCGCCGAGAAUCAAGUUCGGAGUCGCCGGGGUUCAUAACGCCGCGGCGUUCUGCCAAACGCUGCGUCGUCCCCUCCCGCCGACUAAACACGAGUCUGGUGUCCUUUUUGCUUUGGCUACGAAUCGGCGAUUGGUUCGCAGCGGCGUGACGGUCAAAAUGCGCUCCUUGUAAAUAAAAGCAAGAGAGAGGCGACAGUGGUUCACCUUUCUGGACCAAGAGUUCACUUUUGCGUUAAAAAAAACUAAUCCCAUGGCAUGCGCAAACUUCCAUUGCUUUAACAUGGCUGGAUCCCACAAUUGCACCGGCACACGUGGUUGUGUGGCUCUCGUGCCGGCUCCUACAAUGCACUGCAAGUCGCGCUGGGGAGUGGCGGUGCCACUGCAGAUCGUGGCUUUAAAACCUUUUUUUUUUGCCACGAGCAAACCUCCGGCCUGGUAGCAGGGGUGGGGGGGGGGGGAUCAUUCGACGCGUCGCCCCAGGCUUUGCAAAAUCGCAGCCAUGUUCAGGUUUUACCUUCCUCUAAACGUUGACCGAGACGGGCACGCGCGACAAUUUGAUCAGUGUCCCCGGAAAGGCCUCGUAACCACCCCCACACAGUUCCCGUUUAUUUCUGAAGACAACCCACGCUCGCUAGCUUCAUUUGAAUGUUUACAGUCGAUUUUUUGGUAGUUUUAUUGUAACGUCUCCCCCCACAGAAUGGCCGCGCAAUAAAUUUAAUUAUUCUUUUCUCCACUUAACAGAAGCCCACUCCGGCUUUAUUAACUCUUGAGAUCGUGUGGAUUAUCAGGUUUUACAGAACGCCCCUGUCAACGGUCAAUGUCUCGACGAUAACCGUUUGCGGCAGAUUGUGUUGAGAAGAGCCCGGCCGUUGAAGGGAACGUGGCAUUGUUGCAGAUGAUUUACUUAAUUGUUAAUUUUUGUACUUGAUUUAAAAGGUGAGGGCCCGAGUGGAACGGCAUUUUAUCAUUGUUCGGCAAGUGUAUGGGGAGCUUUGAGUAUCGGUGACCCCCACCACACCUUGUUGAAGGACCCAUGAUCGGUCCCAUUAAUUUGUUCUCAAGGUUCCUCAUCCGGGACCUCCGCUCAGUCUGAAAUUAGCUUCUCGUUUUGGCCGUUUUACUGUUUUUAAACCUUCGAUUAAACCUCACGGUUGGCAACAAUUGGAUAUGCUUAAAUUUUGAUUUAAAGCUUUCGUGACUGCAGGGAUUCAUCUUCUUGGUUCUUUCUGUAAAGUCACGUAGAAGGGAAGUAAUAAAAUAAUAAAAAUUAAACAUAAUAAAAUUAUUCUCACGACGUU